AUGUCCCUGGAGCAAUCACCCCAAGCUUCUCAGCUGACUAACGCCUAUCAAGCAAGCGGGCAAGGUGUCUAUGGCGCGUUAUUCGCUAAAAUCAACCUAAGCCCGGUUGCGGAGUUGAGCGGUAUUGAUGUUUUUCAAAACUCCGAAGCAUUGUCAGAGGUGUCCGCUGAUGAACGGGUCACCGCGGCCGUCAGUGUGUUUUUGGAACUACUGAAACAGUCGUCGCAUAAAGUAGAACGCUUGGACAAAGUGUUGCUGGAUGAACAUAUCGCAUCCCUGGAUGCACAGAUCAACCGGCAACUUGACACCGUCAUGCACCAUCCCGAGUUCCAGCGCGUAGAGUCAACUUGGCGUGGUGUAAAGUCGCUGAUAGAUCAGACCGAUUUUCGCCAGAAUGUGCGUAUCGAACUGUUGGAUAUCAGCAAAGAUCAUCUGGUACAAGAUUUCGAGGAUGCGCCUGAGAUCGCUCAGAGCGGUCUGUAUCUGCACACCUACACCCAAGAAUAUGACACCCCGGGAGGCGAGCCGAUUGCGGCGGCCAUUUCCAACUAUGAAUUCAGCCGCAGCCCGCAGGAUAUUGCGCUUUUGCGCAAUAUUUCCAAAGUGUCUGCAGCUGCCCACAUGCCGUUCAUCGGCUCUGUAGGCCCGGCGUUCUUUGGCAAAAAGUCCAUGGAGGAAGUGGCCGCCAUCAAGGACAUCGGCAACUACUUUGAUCGUGCCGAAUACAUUAAAUGGAAGGCGUUCCGCGAGAGCGAUGAUUCCCGUUACAUCGGCUUGCUGAUGCCUCGUGUGCUGGGUCGCCUGCCUUAUGGCCCGGACACCGUUCCGGUCCGAAGCUUCAACUACAUUGAAAGCGUGAAGGGCCCGGAUCACGAGAAGUACCUGUGGACCAACGCUUCAUUCGCAUUCGCGGCAAACAUGGUGAAAAGCUUUAUCACCAACGGGUGGUGUGUGCAGAUUCGCGGCCCGCAAUCGGGCGGCGCGGUGACUGAGCUGCCGAUUCACCUGUAUGACCUGGGCACUGGCAAUCAGGUGAAAAUCCCUUCGGAAGUGAUGAUUCCGGAAACCCGCGAAUUUGAAUUCGCCAACCUCGGGUUUAUCCCUCUUUCGUACUAUAAGAACCGCGACUAUGCGUGUUUCUUCUCGGCCAAUUCGGCCCAAAAACCGGCGCUGUAUGACACCCCCGACGCCACUGCCAACAGCCGGAUCAAUGCGCGCCUGCCGUACAUUUUCCUGCUGUCGCGCAUCGCCCAUUACCUGAAGCUGAUCCAGCGGGAAAACAUCGGGACGACCAAGGACCGCCGUUUGCUGGAGCUGGAGUUGAACAAGUGGGUCGGUGGGUUGGUGACCGAAAUGACCGACCCGGGUGACGACCUUCAAGCCUCCCACCCGCUGCGUGACGCCAAGGUGACGGUAGAAGACAUCGAAGACAACCCCGGCUUCUUCCGCGUCAAGCUUUACGCGGUGCCCCACUUCCAGGUCGAAGGCAUGGACGUCAACUUGUCGCUGGUUUCGCAGAUGCCCAAGGCAAAAGCC